CAAAGUCAAAAAAAAAAAAAAAAUCAAGGUUGCAGCAGCUCCCUCCUUUACAUUGUUUUGCCUGCACCUGCUGUAUGUGACUGGCUGGAGCAGAAGGCAGCAGCAGCAGCAACAGCAGCAGCAUUCGUAACACCUCCGAUGAGAAUAGUAGUAAAGGGAGGAAAUGAGCAAAGCAUCUCCCGUGCGGAAGCCUGUAUUCUUCAGCAGAUCCCGACCAACACCACUGCAUCUGAUGCCUCUCUCCCACAGGAGCUUCUGGUAGUUUGAAGGUAACAAAACAACCUGGAAGCCCACAAGAACAUCAGAAGGGGAGGCGGUUACGGAGGAAGGCACUUUGAAAAGAAUCCAUUAUGGACAGGGAGUCUUUCGGGCGAAGGUGCCAUUAUUUUUGUUCCCUGUUUGCGGAGAUAAAAGGAGCCGGCAAGGAGAAUCUUGGAGAAUUCUUCAGGGGCCUUUCUGUCAUUGUUCUCUCUUCCCCCUUGUGCAUCACGACGUGCUGACCUUUUCCAGUGGAAUUUGAGCCCCCCGCCACCCUACCCCCAGUUCCAGCUGACAGGAAGAGCUCUCCCUCCCCACCCCCACCAGCACAUACCCCUCUUCCACAGACACUUCCAUUUGAAUAGAAGAUGCAUCUUUUGGCUGAAAUUCUUUUGUUGUGACAUUGCCUUGUAGCCAAUUGUCUCACCACAGGAAAUAAAAGGAAAAAAAGAAAAGAAAAGAAAAAGACAAAAGGAAAUUCUUCCCGAAGCAGGGAAGGAAACUAAAACAAAAGCAAAACAAAAUAACACUACGGAGAUCUAGAAGAUCACAAACCUCCAACUUUAGAAGAAAAUGCACCAUUAACCCCCCCCCACCACCACCACCACAAUCAAUCAAUAACAAUGAACAGUCACAGUCUUUCAUCUGGAUACAGCUUCUAAAGGAGAGCUUUGGCUUGAUACUGGGUCUCUGGCCUGUAUGAUGCCUGAAGAUAGAAAUGGUGGGGUCCGCACCUCAGGGGCCUUAGCAUCGGCUCCUUUCAUUCCUAAAACUACCUAUAGGAGAAUUAAACGGUGCUUUAGUUUUCGCAAAGCUGCUGAUGGUUCCCGUUUGGCGAUUCUGCAACAUGCAGAGCAUGAGGCUAGGAAAGAGGGUUCCUCCCCUCUCCACCCACGAACAGGUAUCUUUGGACAGAAGCUGGAAGACACAGUCCGGUAUGAGAAGCGAUAUGGGAAUCGUCUGGCUCCCAUGUUGGUGGAGCAGUGUGUGGAUUUUAUCCGACUGCGGGGGCUGAAGGAGGAAGGGCUCUUUCGACUUCCGGGUCAGGCUAACCUUGUCAAAGAGUUACAGGAUGCAUUUGACUGUGGAGAGAAGCCAUCAUUUGACAGCAGUACGGAUGUGCACACGGUGGCAUCGCUUCUCAAACUGUAUCUAAGAGAACUCCCAGAACCGGUUAUCCCCUAUGCAAAAUAUGAGGAUUUUCUUUCCUGCGCCAAAUUGCUCAGCAAGGAAGAGGAAACGGGGGUGAAGGAAUUAGUGAAACAAGUAAAGAGCCUGCCACCUGUCAAUUACAAUCUACUGAAAUAUAUCUGUAGAUUCCUGGAUGAAGUCCAGUCCUAUGCGGGUGUAAACAAAAUGAGUGUGCAAAACCUGGCUACUGUAUUUGGUCCCAACAUCCUGCGCCCAAAAGUGGAAGAUCCUCUCACCAUCAUGGAGGGUACUGCAGUAGUCCAGCAGCUGAUGUCAGUGAUGAUAAGUGAACAUGAACAGCUAUUUCCCAAGGACACAGACUUUCAGGCAGGGGAAGAGGUGUGCAAUAACAACAAUGAGAUCCAGAAGAAAAUGAUCAUUGGUCAGCUCCAGAAUAAAGAGACCAAUAACAACAAGGAGACAGCGGUGAGAAGCUGUUCUUGGGACACACCUGAGCCUCUCCAGAGGGCAAGCAUGGACAAUGGGUCUCCCACAGUGCUGCCAGGGAGCAAGUCAAACAGUCCAAGGAACAGCAUUCACAAACCUGAUGUCACAAGAAGCCCACCUCUCAUGGUGAAAAAAAACCCAGCCUUUAAUAAAGGCAGUGGCAUAGUCACCAAUGGGUCCUUCAGCAGCUCUGUGGAGGGCCAUGAGAAAACCCAGACCUUACCAAAUGGUACCCUGCAGGCCAGGAGAACAUCAUCCCUGAAAGGUCCAGUUACUAAAAUGGGCACACACAGCAUGCAGAAUGGAGGCGUGCGAAUGGGCAUUUCAAGCACGGAUGCACACAGCAACUCCCUGAACAGCCGAAACCUGAGCUGGAUGCCCAAUGGGUAUGUCACGUUGAGGGACAGUAAACAAAAGGAAUUGGUGAGUGAUUCGGGCCAGCAUAACAGACUCUCCACCUAUGACAAUGUCCACCAGCAGUUCUCCAUGGUGAAUUCGGAUGAUAAACAGAGCAUAGAUAGUGCCACCUGGUCCACAUCCUCUUGUGAAAUAUCCCUACCCGAACACUCCAACUCCUGUCGAUCGUCUACAACCACCUGCCCCGAGCAAGACUUUUAUGGGGGUAAUUUUGAAGACUCGGUACUAGAUGGGCCACCACAUGAAGACCUCUCCAACCAAGGAGACUAUGAGAGUAAAACUGACCGAAGAAGCGUGGGAGGACGCAGCAGCCGGGCCACCAGCAGCAGCGAUAACAGUGAAACGUUUGUCGCAAACAACACGAGCAACCACAGUGCUCUGCACAGCCUAGUGUCCAGCUUAAAGCAGGAGAUGGCAAAACAGAAGGUGGAGUAUGAAACAAGGAUAAAGAGCUUGGAACAGAGAAACCUCACCCUUGAGACAGAAAUGAUGACCCUGCACGAUGAGCUGGACCAGGAAAGGAAGAAGUUUACAAUGGUAGAAAUCAAAAUGCGCAAUGCAGAGCGGGCCAAAGAAGAUGCAGAGAAGAGGAACGACAUGCUGCAAAAAGAGAUGGAGCAGUUUUUCUCAACAUUUGGAGAACUAACAGUGGAGCCUCGCAGGCCUGAGAGAGGCAACACCAUAUGGAUUCAGUGAGCAUUCUGAGCUGAGACUGUGGGAUUCUGGGAAGGGAUGUUGGGGUAUUAUACUGUUUCAGGUGGCUGGUCACCUGACUGAGGCUAGCACUCAACAAAAUGUUGUAAACCAUUGAAGGAAGAAAUACCUACAGACAUUAAGCACCCAUACUGCAGUGUGUACUUAUCAAGUUAUCGUACUUUUUGAAUGCUUCAUAAUGCUAGUGUCAAGUGUUACAACUGAAUGUGUAUAUAGGUUUUAAAAAAAGGUCAUCUUAAAGAGAGAGCGAGAGACAUCUCAAAAAAUAUUUUAAUGCAAGUCUUGUAUUUAAACUGGUAAAUUGAAAUGUUGUUGCAAUCAAGCUUUAUAUCAAGGCUUUUCUCCCUUGCACUUAACAUAAUAAGCUAUUUUUGGCAUUGUGUUACCAUCAGCUUAUUUUUUAUAUCAAUUUUUUUUGUUACCCUUCUUGCAUGGGGGGAGGGGAACUAAAGAUAAACAAAUAUAUAUAAUGUUAGUUAUUAAAACAAGAGAUAAUGUGUGGCUGUGCUGUUUGUGCCAAUGGACUUGCCCAUGACCAAAAAGAAAAGUGUAAAUAAUUUUAUAAAAAUAUAACAUUAACAUC